UGUUUUAAAGGUUAGUUUUAGCGCGAAUUGUUAAAAAGUUCUGUAAGAAAAAUAAUGGAUUUAAUUGGAAAUAGGCGAAAGCGAGUUAAAAAAACGAUAAUUAGUAAUUCUUUAAAAGAUGUUUAUUCGCACGAUUUGCAAAUGUAUUUAACUCCUCCUGGCGAUGAGAUACAACUGUCCGAAUUUGAAGAAUUAGCUUUGGAACGGUUACAUUUAUUAAGAAUUUUGGAACAGGCUUCCCAAAAAGGGUUUAAGCAUUUUAGUGCAGAUUGGAAAGAGUGGGUUUAUUCGGAAUUAAUAAAAAAUAAUUUAAAGAAGUUUUAUAAACUAGCUAAAUCAACAGGGACUAACGCCCCAACUGAUCUUGAUUUACAAGCUCGAAGAGCUGAUCAUAUCUCUCAUUUUAUAUUACGAUUGGCUCAUUGUCGUGCUGAACCACUAAGACAAUGGUUUGUAAUUAGAGAAUUAGAGUGGUUUAAGUUAAGAUAUUCGCAAUUAACUUCAAAAAGUAUUGAACAAUUUCUGGAAAUUAAUAACUUUGUUUAUAAACCUAUAUCAGAUGAAGAAAAAAGUAAAUUAUAUGAAGAAUUAUAUGAUUCUACUUCUGGAACUUAUGUCAUUGAUUCAGUUGAUUUUUAUAAAGUAAAUUGCUUUGAAGUUCCAACUUUAAUUAGAAAUAGGAGUGUUUUGGUUAAAGCAGGAUUUGCAUACAUUCCAAGUUAUGAAUUGAUUACUUGUAUAUCUGGGAUGUUUAGAUCAUCUUUAAAUGAAGCUUUGGCUUAUGCAAGUAAACGUUUACCAUCCAUGGAUGAUGACCGUAUCAAUUUCCUUUUAACAAAUCUUCAUCAAAUUUACAAAGGGAAUGAUUAUACAAUACCAAAGAAUACAACAAACGUUUCCAUUGAAAACAUUGAUUAUUAUGCAAGAGAAAACUUUCCUUUAUGUAUGAAUCACAUUUACAAAAUCCUCAAACAAGAACAUGGUUUAAAAUAUACAUGCAGAUUACAUUUUGGGUUAUUUAUAAAAGGAAUAGGAAUUAAUUUUGAGGAUGCGAUGACAUUUUUUCAUGAUGAAUUCACUAAGAGGAUUGAUAGUGGAACUUUCGAAAAGCAGUAUUCUUAUUGGGUGAAAUAUAUGUAUGGAAAAGUUGGUAACCGCACUGACUUCACCCCAUACAGUUGUAACGCAAUUAUUAACUCUAAUGUUGGACCAGGGGAACAUCAUGGAUGUCCAUUUAAACAUUGGGAUCCAACAAAUUUAAAAGCUAAGUUACAUGAAACAAAAAUUAGGGAUCCAGAUAUUUUUGAUAUUGUUGAAAUGUCAAGUAAAGGCCAUUACCAAAUUGCAUGUUCGAAAUGUUUUGACUCAAUACAUGAUCAACAAAAUAAAAUGAUAGUGACACAUCCAAAUCAGUACUUUGCUGAAAGCUUAAAAAUUCGAGGUGGUGUUUCUAAUAACGACGAAACUAAAUCAUCUACAAGAGUACCACAAAAGAACACUCCAAGUUCUAAUUCUAUAACGCAAAGUGAAGUUGAUUUAAUGGUAAACGAUGUCAAUUGGGAUGAUGAAAUGAAAAUGGAAGAAAACUAAUUUGUUUUAAUUAAUAAAAAAAUAUUUUUAUUCUGAUUGUAAAUAAUAAACCCACUUAAUAUUACCCAAA